AUGACGGAACCCGGCGCUGACGCCGAGCUCCGCAAGCUCGUGUUGCUCGAGUGCCUCGGCGUCUACGACCACUCCCUCGCCAUCAAGAUCGGCGUCCACUUCUUUCUCUGGGGCAGCGCUAUCAAGUUUCUUGGAACGAAGCGUCAUCAUGACAAGUGGUUGGUGGCCACGGAAAAUUAUGUAAUCAAGGGUUGUUUUGCCAUGACAGAACUAGGUCACGGGAGCAAUGUGCGAGGCAUUGAGACAAUAGCAACUUAUGAUUCAAAAACAAGAGAGUUUAUCUUAAAUACUCCAUGUGAAUCUGCUCAGAAGUACUGGAUUGGUGGAGCUGCUAACCAUGCUACACACUUUGCUCAGCUUCUUAUAAAUGGGAAAAACGGAGUCCAUGCUUUUGUAGCUCCAAUUAGGGAUGAAGAUGGAAAUGUGUUGCCUAAUAUCCAUAUCGCUGACUGUGGCCAUAAGAUUGGAUUGAAUGGUGUUGAUAAUGGGAGGAUUUGGUUUCAUAAUAUAUGUGUUCCUCGCGAGAACUUGCUGAAUUUGGUUGCUGACGUUUUGCCAGAUGGGCAAUAUGUUAGCACGAUAGAUGAUCCAGAUCAGAGGUUUGCAGCUUUUCUGUCUCCGCUUACUCUUGGUCGAGUAAACAUUGCAGUUAACUCGGUCUACAUUUCAAAGGUCAGCCUAGCGAUUGCUUUAAGGUACAGUUUGUCAAGGAGAGCCUUUUCAGUUACACCAGAUGGUCCUGAAAUGCUGUUACUUGAUUAUCCCAGCCACCAGCGACGCCUUCUACCACUGCUAGCAAAAGUAUGCCUGAUGAGCAGUGCUGGUAAUUUUAUGAAAAGGAUGUAUGUUAAGAGGACUCCUGAAAUGAGCAAAGCCAUACACAUCUACUCUAGUGCUCUGAAAGCUACACUAACUUGGCAGAAUAUGACUACCCUUCAGGAGUGUCGUGAGGCCUGUGGUGGCCAAGGUUUGAAAACAGAGAACCGUGUAGGAAUCUUCAAAGCUGAGUUUGAUGUCCAGUCCACAUUUGAGGGUGAUAAUAAUGUUCUAAUGCAGCAGGUAAGCAAAGCACUUUAUGCUGAACUUUUGGCGGCACAAAAGAAGAAGAAGCCAUUCAAGGGAUUGGGGUUGGAACACUUAAAUGGUCCAAGCCCUGUUAUUCCUGAUAAUCUGACGAGUAGCAUAUUAAGGAGCUCCAAAUUCCAGAUGGACUUGUUCUGCUUAAGGGAGCAAGAUUUACUAAAGCAGUUUGCUGAGGAAAUUUCUCACCAUCUGGCUCAAGGAGAAAUCAGAGAAAAGGCAUUGAUGCUGAGCUACCAACUCGCCGAAGACUUAGCUAGAGCAUUUACUGAGCGUACGAUCCUCCAAAUAUUUUUGGAGGAUGAGAUGAAUGUUCCUGCUGGUUCCCUAAAGGAGGUGCUGGGCUUGCUGAGGUCUCUGUAUGUCAUGGUUAGCAUAGAUGAAUCUACAUCUUUUCUAAGAUACGGGUAUUUGUCACAUGAGAAUGUAGCCGGUGCGCGGAAAGACGUCAUGAAACUGUGCAGUGAACUGAGGCCCCAUGCGCUUGCUGUUGUCAAUUCUUUCGGAAUUCCUGAUGCUUUCCUCAGUCCACUUGCUUUUGACUGGAUUGAGGCUAAUGCAAUGUCUUCCGGGAGCCACUGAUAUCAAACUGCCAUGUAACAGCCAGGUUGUCUUCAUUAUAGCAACUAGGUUGUCCUGUAAAAGUACUGAAGAUGGACGGCAGAAACAUAGAUAACAUACAACAACAGGUGCAUUGCUGCUUUCUGUAGUUCACACAGUUUACAAUAAUUGUUGUGCAGUGUAUAGUUUAAGAGACUGAUGCUGCGAAAGGGGAGUUUGUUGUAAUAUGUUCUUCGCAAUAGACAUACUUGAACAACCGGAUGUAGCAUUAUAUUACAUAUAAUGUGGCUCACAGAGUAAAUAAAUUACUGGGUGUUGUAACCAUGCUUUUUAAA